AUGAAUAGCAAAAUAAAUGAUUACAUCUCAGGAAACAAAGUUAAGGCAACCCCUGAGGAAUUGGGGGCAGUUCAACCUCUGGCUAAGGAACUAGUAGAAGUUUACGGCUAUAACAAAAAUGAAAUAAAAACUCAUCCCCAGUUUCGCGUCUCGCUUUCUCCCUCCGACGAAAAGAAAAGUUAUCCGGUCGAUAUUGCGGUUUUCGAAAAAGAAACUCAUCCUCGCUAUGAAGAAUUAAAGUCAAGGGAAAAUUUGAAGAGUGUUUUUCACCAGAUUAAAAAAAAUUUACAAAAAACUGUCAUUGGUAGCACUAAUGAGCCUGAUAUAGCGAAAAAUGUCCUAAAAAUCCUGUUUUGUAAAAUUUUUGAUGAAAGAUAUCAAAAUGAAAAUGGAUUUGUUGAGUUUUACGCCAACAUUGAUAAACCCCAAGAGAGUUCAACAAAAAUCAGAGCAAUUUUUACUAAGGUUAAAAACAAGUUCGAAGAUGUUUUUGACAAAGAUGAAGAAAUUAAAUUUGACGAGAAGAGUAUAGUUUUCAUUGUUCAAAAAUUACAAUGGAUUAGUUUAAAAAAUUCUGGUCGGGAUGCGGUGGCGGAUGCUUUUGAAGUAUUUAUCGGCACCGCUUUAAAAGGUGAACACGGACAAUUUUUUACUCCACGAAAUGUAGUAAGAUUUGUUAUUAAUUUUUUGGAUGUAGACGAAACCCAGAAAAUAAUUGACCCCGCUUGUGGAACGGGCGAGGAUUUAGAAAAUGAGAAAAUCAAAAUAGCGAAAAAAAACAUUUUUGGCUGUGAUAAAGACAGUUUCUUAUCUCAAUCAUCAAAAAGUGGUAAGUUAGCCAUAGUUUUACCAGAAGCCAGUAUUUUUGGCAAUAAAAUCUAUCGUGAACUUCGGAGAACUUUACUUCAAAACUACAAAAUAAUAGCAGUUUUUAGUCUCCCUCCAGAAACUUUCAAACCUUUUACUGGUGUAAAGCCAACAAUUUUAGUUUUAGAGAACAGUCAAGCCAAUGAUAGAGAUAAAGUUAUUUGCGUCGACAUUCAAAAUGUUGGUCAUGACAAAAGAGGGAAAAUUUUAUACAAUUAUGAUAACAACGGCAUCCCGCAGAAAGAUAAAAAUGGAAAUUUUGUUGUUAAUGAUGAAUUGGAUAACCUAGCCACAAAAUUAAAAAACCGUCACGAAAUCAUUCAUUAUCAAAAAUCAACCGAAAAAGAUAAAGUUUUUUUUAUUACCCAUAAAGACAUAAAACAAACCGAUGACUUAAUUUUAAUUCCUAGUUAUUACAAUGGUUUUCUUAACCAACAAGAAACAAAAAGUAACCAGUUAGUUCUGACUUUCAGAGAAAUUAUUGACUAUGACAUAAUAGAAGUUAACAAGAAUAAAAAUAUUCCGACCGGCGAUGAAAUAGGGAGUAGGAAUUAUUUAGAAAGUAGCACUAUACCAUUUAUUAGAACUUCCGACAUUACUAACUUAGAAAUCAGAAGCAAUCCCCAACAUUUUACUAGCGAGGAAAUUUAUCAAAAGUAUAAAGAUAAACAAAAUAUUAAACCCUAUGAUAUUUUAUUAGUAAAAGAUGGGAGGCAUUUGGUAGGCGAGUGUGCUAUUAUCAUGCCGGGGGAGGAAAAAAUUAUAUUUGCUGCUGGUGAAAAGUUUAAGAAACAAGUGGGUAAACUAUUGUUUUACUCUACUGUUCCUCAUUUAAGCAAUAGAGUUAAAGAGAUUAGGUUGGCCUUUCCAAAGGAUAAGGAAAAAUUACUGGAAAAUAGUAAAAUAAUGAAAGAAAUUUUAACUAGAAAAUUUGAAUUAAGAAAACAAUUGAAAAAAAUUUAUACGAAAUAA